AUGCCCGAUUUGCAUUUUCAAGUAGCCAUUGUGGGCGGUGGAAUGAUAGGACUCGUAUGCGCAGCUGUUUUAACACAGGCAGGCAUUCAGGUUGAUCUGUUUGAAUCUGCGUCGAAGUUUGGAGAAGUUGGCGCUGGCAUUGGGCUGGGUCCUAAUGCUGUUCGUGCGCUAGAUGCAAUGGGCCUUUUGAAAGCUGUUCUGGCGAAGUCGGACCAGGAAAUUUCGGAUAUGAGGGCUUUCCGUUUUAUGUCCUGUUCUCCUGGCCACGAACACAUUCUUGACUACCCCUAUUUGCCGGAGGAUAAUGGUCUAGGUAUUCACAGGGCAGAUUUUCUCGAUGCCCUGAUUCCCUUUGUGGAUCCGAAUACGACUCACUUCAAUAAACGUUGUACGAAUGUCGCAUCAUCCUCCAACGCUGGCACCCCACACUCUAUCUUGCAUUUUACUGAUGGGACCACGUUUGCGACCGACCUUGUACUUGGUGCUGACGGGAUAAGGAGCACCAUUCGUAGUGUUGUCUUAGGCAUCCCCGGCCCUGAAGUGCAGCGCUUAAGCUUUGCCAAUACUGUUGCUUACCGUGCUUUGAUACCACUUGAUGACGUCAAACGUGCUGGUGUGAAAACUGAUCUUUCUGCGCGCCCAAUUUGCUGGACUAGUUUGCAUAAGCAUAUCAUAACGUUCCCGAUUCACAAUAUGAAUACGAUCAAUGUUGUUGUCUUUAGUUCGAAUCCUUCUAUUCCAAUGGGUUCAGUGCAAGUACCCUCACAUCAGUGGGUCAUACUAGCUUCGAACCAAGAGAUAUUGGAUGCAUACAAGGAUUGUGGACCAGAUGUCACAACUUUAUUGUCUUUGAUGGAAAGCCCACGCAAAUGGUCAAUUCACACCGUGGACCCACCCUUGGAUACUUUCGUAAGGGAGAACAUUGCCUUGGUUGGAGACGCUGCACACGCUAUGUGUCCGCAUUUGGGAGCAGGUGCUGGCCAAGGGAUCGAGGAUUCCUUUGUCCUUACUCGUCUUCUUUCUCACCCUCACACAAAACUUUCGAAUCUUCGGGAUGUGCUCCAAGCUUACAACGAAGUUCGACUUGAACGCGCCAAUAUGGUCGUGCGGGGAAGCAUUCGAGCAGGGAAAAUCUACGAGUGUGGACUGCCUUCUCAGCAGAUGCAUGAAGCGUUGGUCAAUCUGUGGGAACCUGUAUGGCACCAUGAUUUACAAGAGGACGUAUCAAGUGCCGUCCGAUUACUGAAAGAGAAGGGUGUGUUCGUCAUGAACCCACUGUAA